AUGAGCAGCGUUCGCUCGCGGCAGAUCCGGAGCUUUGCCACCGCCCUCAGUCCAAGCCACUCGAUAUACAUCUCCAACUCCACGAACCCAUAUUUCAAUCUCACUCUAGAGGAUUGGCUAUUCAGACACAAGCCUCCGCGGGACCCACUGCUACUCAUCUACCGAGACCGACCGUGCAUUGUGAUCGGCCGCAACCAAAAUCCAUGGAAGGAGGUAAACAUGCGAGCGUCGAAGGAAACUGGUGUGCCGUUCAUCCGCAGACGGAGUGGAGGUGGGGCCGUCUAUCAUGACCUCGGCAACACAAAUUUCUCGAUACACCUCCCACGAACUUUUUUCGAUAGACAUGCCACCGCACAAGUGGUCCUCCGCGCGGUCCGCUCGCUGGGCGUCGACGCCAAUGUGAAUGACAGGAAUGACAUCUGCGUGGGCAAGGACAAGAUAAGUCGGGUUCAACACGUAUCGGGCUCGGCGUACAAGAUCGUGAAUAACCGUGCCUACCACCAUGGCACGAUGCUUAUAUCCACCAGAUUGGAUAUGCUUGGUGACCUGUUGCAUUCAAACAAGGACACGAUGGAAACCAAAGGCGUAGCAUCCGUCCGCUCGCCGGUCCGAAACCUGCAACAGUUCAAUCCCUCAGUGAAUCACGAGAAAUUCGUGGACGCUACAGUCUCCGCGUUCAGAGAAGAGUAUGGCAUCAACGAACAGAUCUGUACGGUCGACGAGAAUGAGGAGAAUCUGAAUAUUGAGUACAUACGCCAUGGAAUGGCAGAGCUCCCGGCAUGUAUUCAUGCAAGCUGGGAUUGGGCAUAUGGUCAGACCCCAGAGUUCACCCACGAAAUCACCCUUCCAUUUGAAUGGAGCACCCUGACCGCGAAAAUUCAUUCACGGCACGGCAUCAUCUUGUCUUGUACACUCACGACAUCCGAUGCUGUAGAUGAUGCACUGAAGCAAAAGUUGAUCACACUGUCAGCGAGGCUGGAGCAGCAAAGGUAUGGGUUUGUGGACGAGGCGAGUUUAGGAUCGGACAUUCUGGAGGACAGCGAGAUCAGGGUUGUCUGGCAUUGGCUGAAAGGGGAGAUGGAUAGUUGA